UCUCACGCUCCACUUCGCUCAGUAGUGGUAUAAUAUUUGUCUUGCAGAAGCAUUGAGCAAAGCAGUGAGGAGCUCGUGGACACAGAGGGCAAAAUUAAAUAGACCUCCUCGUUUAUUUUUACUUUUAUUCUGACACGGACAUGGCAAAAGGGAAGAAAGGUCUGCUGCGGACCGACAAAAAGACCGAGAACACUGUUGAAAAUAAAGUCCCUACUCGGGAGGAGACAAAGGAAAACAAACCAGCAACUAAUAAGAAUAUCAAAGGUGCAGUACAGACUGUUGUGCAGAGUGUACGGAGUCCAAGCAAACCUAGAUCCCCUCUGAGCGACAGUUCAAGCAUGCUGAUCCAGGAGGGAAAUGAUUGUGUGGCCACUCACCCUGACGUGCCCAAGUUAAAAAAAGACGUGCCUAAUGAAAUAAAAUCGGAGAGUUGUGAGUCCAAAGAACAGACGCCUGAAGUAGGUUGUAAGAGUCAAGGGAUCAAAGAGCAAGCUACUGACCAACUCGAGAAGAAAGGGUCCGCAGAACACACAAAUGGCAGAUCUGCAGCAGAGAUCAAGGUUUUAGCAGCCAAACCCCGGAGUAAAACCGGACGCAAACUAGCAACAAAAAAGACUGAAAAUAAAGCUCCCCAGAACAGGAAGGUCACAGACUAUUAUCCGAUCAGACGGAGUAACAGAAAAACAAAGACCGAGCUAAAGAGUGAAGAACACAAACACAUUGACUACCUGAUAAAGAAUGACAUUGAAGAAGGAUUGCAGAUCAAACACAUAGAGGGAAAAGGGAGAGGGAUAUUUGCUUCCACGGGCUUCAAAAAGGCAGAGUUUAUCGUGGAGUACCAUGGAGACCUGCUGGAACUAGCUGAGGCUAAAGGAAGAGAGGCCACGUAUGCUCUGGAUCCCCAGAAGGGCUGUUACAUGUACUACUUCCAGUAUCAUACCAAAACCUACUGUGUGGACGCUACAGAGGAAACCAGCCGUCUGGGAAGACUGAUCAACCACAGUAAAAAUGGAAACUGCCAGACGAGGCUUCAUGCUAUCGAUGGAACCCCUCAUCUGAUCCUGGUGGCGUCCAGAGACAUCAAGGCAGAGGAGGAGCUGCUGUACGACUACGGGGAUCGGAGUAAAGCCUCAGUCUUGGCUCACCCUUGGCUCAAACACUGAAUCCUCGACCACACGUGUUCAUAUUUCAGAUGACUUGGUACGCUCUGUCGUUCUGUUCAGCUUUAUCUAACAGAUGCUUUAGAUCAGAAGUCCUCAAAAUGCUUUUAUAGAUGUAAAAAAUGUUUUUGUUUUAAAUGAGGGCUGAUGAUCAACACGCUGUUUUACCAUGCAUUUAUUUUUUUUAUGUAUUUGUAGAAACUGAUGCAAGUCUCUUUCUCCUGGAUAAGUAGUGUUUUAACUUGUCCUUGGGGUUCGCUUUUAGAAAUUAACAUAAUUGACAAUUCGGUUUCACUUUUGUAAAUUAUUACCUGUGCUUUAACUGAAGGAAUAAAACCCUGUUGAGUUUUCAUUCCAGCUGUGGUGCUGUUGAUGCUGCAGAAGAUCUAAGGCACAUGAAAUACUGUGCUCUUUAAAAGACAUUCUCUAUUUAUUUUAAGCAUUUUGACCCUAAUCGGGUACUUGACCACAUGGAAAAGUGGGAGUAAUGGGUAGGUGGUGUACACGAUCGACUGUUUAUGUAACCUAUAGGCUAUCAGACUACCCGAUAUUCAGUCAGUGAGGACAAAGAAGUGGGUGGAUAUGUUGUGACGGCACACGCUGACUGUUGUUUUUAACAGGUUUCUGUUGUUUGCCAGCGCUGCAGGUACGACUGUCGUUACUAAAUUAACAAUUUGGUUUUACUUUACAAUGACAAUUAUAGUAACUGCGUGUUGAAGACUUAAUCUAAUAAAAUUGAGUUGCGUUGA